GAGACGGCAGUCGCGCGCCGCCUGUCGACGCGGACAGACUUCGCGCUUGCUCCAACCCUGCGCUCCCACCACGCGCCGAAUGGCGCCCAGACCGGAACCGCACUCUCGCGGGUGAUCAGGGGCUGUGACGGCCGCGGCGUCAACCACACAUGUUGACGAUAUGGAUACAGCAUGGCCGCGACACAUUGGCUCAACUCGCUCGGAAGCCUGUCGCUGUCGCUCCUUUGUCUCUUCGCUACUACUCUUCAAGUUACAAGCGCGGGCGCGCAGUCGGCGCUCUCGAGCGGGCCGGCGCUCGCGGAACCCGCGCCUACUAAACUGCCAAAGUGCGACCGCACAUUCGUGAGCCGCGGCGGCGCGAGCAACGGGACUUUCCACGCGCCGGAGCUAGUCAACCCAGGCAACCACAGUCGCCAGUGUCUGUACACCUUCUUGGCGGCACCAGGCCAACGCGUGCUCGUCGAGUUCCGCACCUUCGACCUGAGAGGAAAGCCGCCAGAUGGCGCCGCGGUGGGGGAGCUUCCAGCAUGUAUGCACGAGUACAUGGACAUAUACUCCGAGAUGGCGUCGUUGGAGACGGUCGAGCUCGUCAACUCUGCCUUCGGGGGCCGCUACUGCGGGCCCAUACCCCCGCGUCGAAGGGUGUCGCUCCACAGAGCUGUGGCGCUGUCUUUCUACACCGACAAGAUGUACACGCCGCCCACACUGUUCACAGGGACUUACCGCUUUAUCAACGCCUCGGAAUUCGAGGUGGGAACCCCAGUGCCAAAUACGUUGUGUUCGUUCGUGAUAGACGUCAACAAGCGGAAGACAGGGCUGCUACUGUCCCCGACCUACCCCGGGAUCUACCCCAAGGACAUAACCUGCAACUACAUGUUCCACGGUCAGCCGGGGCAGAGGAUACGACUGGAGUUCAGGGACUUCGAUUUGUUCUUCGGCGGGCCUCACUGCCCUUUCGACUGGGUGCGGGUAUACGACGGUCCCGACAAUACAUCGGCUGUGAUCGGCACGUACUGCGGCCAACAACGAAACCUCGUGCUCUACUCCAGCGACGAGAGAUUGCUCGUUACGUUCUACACGCUGCCGCGCGCAGCCAGCACGCAGAAUAGAGGGUUUAAGGGUAUCUUCGAGUUUUCCGAGAGUUUUGUUAAGUUAGAUUUUAUAAGUAAACAUGAUGCCGAGCACAUCCGUGGCUCGGAGUGCGAUCAGAAGAUCCUUAGUAAAAAGGAGUCCACGGGAUUCGUGUACCAUCCAAAUUAUCCAUUCCCCUAUAUACAAAAAGUUGUUUGUAGAUAUUUUAUAUAUGGUAUGCAAGAUUCGCAAAAUUUGGAGAGGGUGCGAUUAGACUUCCAUAACUUUUCUAUACCAAGAGGAUUCAAUAACACUAAACCGGAUACAUGUAACGAAGGCUACCUGAAGGUAUACCUCCGCGGACAGGAAGCCACCGACUCGUACGACAAGCACGACGCAGAGUUGUGCGGGGAGGGGGACUUGGGCCCACCCGCCUUCCCCCCGACUCUGAUGUCUGAUGGUCCACGGCUGGUUAUGGUGUUCAGCUCUGGAGAGCUGCAGGGGCGAGGGUUUAAGGCCAAGUAUACUUUCGAGACUGAAUACCGCGUGCCAGGAACCGCGGCACCAAGCGGUGAAUGCGCUUUCACUUACCGCUCAGAGGCCAAGAAACGAGGGGAGUUCAACUCCCCGCGGUACCCCUCCAACUACCCAUCGCGCACCAACUGUACUUACACCUUGGAUGCGACGCCCAAUGAGCAGGUCACCGUGGUGUUUGACCAUUUUAAGGUCAAGGCGGAUACGUGGAACGCUACCGCUGGACUUUACGGUGGCACAACUUGCAGCGAGGACUGGGUGGAGGCGUGGUGGACGGGUCGCGAGGGUUCGCGUGUGCCGCUCGGGCGCUGGUGCGGGCUCGCCACGCCCGGCCCGCUGCAGUCCCCGCGCGGAGCCCUAGGGCUCCUCAUCGCACUGCACACCGACUAUGAUAGCGUCGCCUCUGGAUUCAAAGCCAGAUAUGUUUUCGAGCCAGCCAAGUCAAUCUUCGGCGACUGCGGCGGCAACAUGUCGGGGGCGGAGUGGGGCGUGAUCACGUCGCCCAGACACCCGCUGCCGUACGAGCAGCCGAGCCGGGGCGCUGCGUCCCGGGUCUGCAACUGGUUUGUCACGGCGCGCCCCGGGAAGAGACUCUUGCUCAAUUUCGAACAAUUCGCCGUCGAAGGGCAUCUCACUGAGCGUGGGUGCCCGGCGGCGGUGCUAAGACUGUGGUACGAGAGCCCGGGGCCGCCGCUCGAGCUGUGCGGGGAGAAGGCGCCUUCCGACCGCUGGCAGUACUUGUCUUCCUCCAACUCGCUCCGUCUCUCGUUUAUAAUAGCAGACAAAGCAGUAGGCGCGGCGGGAUGGCGCGCGGUGUGGACGGAGGUGACGGCGGGCCCGUGCGCGGAGCCCGAGGCGGAGUGCGCGGGCGCAUGUCUGCCGUCGCACGCGCUCUGCUCCGGCCUCAAACACUGCGCUGUCAUGCCCACCACCGAGCCCCCGCACUGUGGCAUGCAACCGGGUUGGGAUUCGAUGCCCGGAUAAUUUUUAUGUGUGUAAAAUGUUGUAAUUGAUACAAAUGAAUGAACAUACUUAUCGAUAUAUAACAUAUUGGUGUUUUCUAGAUGUUAUCCCUCCGAAGAUUCAGUUCACUUGAAAUGUCUGUCUUUACUGGUAGAAUUCUUUGCGUCACUUGCGGCUUAGUAUAUUAAUGGUUUUCCAAAUUGACUAACACUGUAUAAUAUCCAAUUGGCACCGCACUUUGCAUUUCCACUUAAUAUUAUUGUAUCUACACUGUUGCAUUUUGUCGUCGCAUUAUUAGGGAGUUACUUAUAUUAAAUUUCUAACAUAAAAUGUAGCUUGUUAAUGAUACUUAAAUGGAGUAAGCAGUAUUUUAUUAUGCAACUGAGCGAAAAUUGCUUUUGAAGAAACGAUUGUCCUGAGUUGGCGCGCUUUUCAUAUCCAUAUUAGCUGCUGCUUACUCCUGCUUUAUCUUCUAUAUUGUUGUAAAAUAUUGUUCUUUAAAUACCGUAGCUCUAUUAACUAAAGGUUCUUUAAAUGGAUAAUGUUAUGUUCACAAUACUAAAUUUCUCGAUUUACUAUUGAUGGUUCAAUGCAAUCUUUGUCUAAACGACAGUUUCUGUGUAACAUUAGGGAGAUAGAUUAGAGAGUUUAAAACGAAGACAUAUAUUAUUGUUGGUUGAAUAGCAGAAUAUAUUGACUAUGUUGCAAGAUUA